AUGAUGUUAAGUAAUCCAAAUAUUGAAGGUGUUUAUGAAAUGAAUGUACCAUUAGAUUUUCGUUUACUUAUUACACUUGGUUGUAUAUGUUCAUUACGUAAAGAACAACAUCGUACAAAUAUACUUUCAAAUUUAUAUCAAUUUGAUGAAUUAGAAUUUUUAUCAUUAUCAGAACAAACAUAUUUACAAUCAGGUACAUUACAAUGUAUUUAUUUAUAUAUACAUCAAGAUAAUGGAAAAUUAUUUAUUGAUUUAUUUAUACCAAAUAAUUGUCGUGUAUUUAUUGGUAUAUUAGAUAGUAUUAGAGAAAAUCAUAUGCCAAAUUUGAAUAAAUUAUUAAAAAAUGAAUGUGAAAAACGAUUACAAAAAAGUAUUGAUACAAAUUUAUUACCAAUAAAUGAACAUCAAUUUGAAGUUAAAGUUGAUACAGAUAUACAAAAUAUUUGGAAAAGAUUUAAUAAAAUUAUUGCAAAUCGUAAUUACAAGAAUAAAGAUACUGGUCAAGACAUUUACAUUGUAGCUAAUGGAAGCAUGCUACGUGAAUGUCUUACAGAAAAUAUUAAUCAAUUGAAUGUAUUUGUUGAUCCACCAACUCGUGUUCCAUUACCAUCAUCAUCAUCAUCAUCAUCUCAUAGCAAAAGUAAUGAAAGCACCGAGCUAGUACAACGAUGGCCUGAAUUAAUGAAAAGUAUUGAUCAUCGAAUUAAUCGUUGGACAAGCCGUUCAGAUGAGUAA